CAGCUGUCACGUGAUUACGUUACCAGAAACAAACAUGGCGCCGCGAAAUCCCAGUGAUCUCUGCUAGGCUGGUGGGUCGGUGUCGAGCCUCCGGACAGAUGAGAGGAGGAAGAGGAGGACACUCUUCAUCAUCUUCUUCAUCAUUAUCUUCAUCAUCAGUCUCUCAGGAGCAGAGCAGAAUGUCUGUGAGGAAACAGAUCCUCCAGGAGACGACCAGUGCUCCCACAGAGAUCAUCAUCGACGAGGACUCACAGGAGCUGGAGUCUGUGGACCACCUGGAGGGGAAGGAGCUCUCGUCAUCAUCUCGAAUCAGUCGCAGGAGAGAACGAGGAAACCAGAGUCAAACCAAAGAGAUGACGGAGGAGGAGAUGAUGGACCUGGCUCUGCGUCUGAGCGAACAGGAAGCCAGCAACACGGCGCUCCAGCUGCAGCGGGAAGAGGAGGCCGUGAUGAAAGCCAUCGAAGAGAGCAAACAAAACCGGCUUCAUGGAUCCAGGUUUAUUAACCGACAUGGACCCGGUUCCAAAAGGCCGCUGCCUUCAGAACCAUCCUUAAAUAUGGUCGGCCAGUCUCAGCCGGACUCGCCAUCCCAGAGUCAGAGUCUCCUCGGCCACGCCUCACUCUGCUCCCGACGCAAACCCCCCCGCUCCAACGGGACGAGGACGCCGUCCAUGGACCAGGGAGCCUCACAGGAGAUGGACCUGACGCCAGAAUCAAAAGGAGCUGGAGAGGAAAUAAAGAACAGGAAUAAAAAGCGUAAAAGGAAAGAAGGAAGUCCUCUGGAGACGUCCGACUUCUCCCAGAAGCUCGAGUCUCAGGCGUCGCCCGGCGGCUCCGAGCCUCUGGACUCAACACAGAGCUCUGACUCGGCGCAGGUCGAACACGCUCUGCUCCACAAGUCGCCCGUCUUCCUGUCCACUGACUGCAGGGUGUUGGUUCACGUCCCGCGGCUCAGUCAGGACCUGCUGGAAACCUGCAGAAGCUCAGGGUUUGUGUUGUGCUCUCAGGACACUUGUGCCUCCCCUCAGACGUCGCUGCCCGCUCAACCCAAGAGCCCGACGUUUCCCAGAAGCCCCGGUAACCUCACGUCUCGCCCGAAGACUCCCGUCCCUCAGGAAGACGAUGAAGAAACGCAGCUGUCCCAGAGUCUCGAGUUUCUAAGAAGUCCCGUGUUUGGCAGGAGCACUCAACCUGAGACGAGUCCAAGUGCCUGCAAGCCUCCCGUCACUGUCUGUGAGAACUCAGGGCUGGAGAUCUCCUCCUCUGAGGAGAGCUUGACCUCCUCUGUGAGGACCACUCCCGCUCGGCCUCAGAGCCCCGUCUUCCCAAGAAGCCCCGCCCCUCGCCCUCCGCCAGAGAGAUCACCGAUCUGCGGCAGCCCCGUCUCCUCAGAGACGCACCGAGGACCUUCUCCGAGUCCGGUGUUCGGCAGGAGGGGACGAGAGGUCGGUGAGGACGAGCCGAAGAGGUCUGUGGUUCCUUCAGAGGUCGAAAGGUCAAACAGUGAAGUGAGUGGAGUCGUCGGUGAGGAGUCUUCUCAGAGGCCGACGCAGCCCUGCAGCACCGACCCUCAUCAGGAGGACGUCAGGUUGGACACGAUGCCCGGGUCGUCUCUGUCAGAAGAUUCACAGGAGCGGAUUGAAACACCUGGAGACUUGAACCCAGCAGAGACGGAGCUGACCAGCGACAUGACGCUCGUCUGGUCUGACAAGGACGAGGACGUCACGCCGGCCGGUUCUCCGAGCCCGGUCUUCCCAGAGGAGAGAGGUGCUGGUCGGGCAGAAGUUCUGGUUUCCUCCCUGAACCACGACUCUGCAGCUUCUCCAGGAGCAGAGCGGAGGAGCAGCUCCGCCGAGCGGCAGCCAGUCGGCAGCGGGGGGGCGACGGUUCAGUACUACUGGGGGGUUCCCUUCUGUCCCCGGGGCCUGGACCCAGACGCCUACACACAGGUGAUCCUGGCUCAGAUGGACGUUUACCACACGAGUCUGAAACGGGCUCAGAGGCGUCUGCUGAGGAAGGCUCCGUGGGGGGGGGCCAUCCUGCCGCAGCCUGAGAAAUCUCCUUCACCUGAGUCGUCUGCUGAGUCUCCUCCACGUCUGGUUCCUCGAAGACGAGGUCUCAGGUUGAGGAGGAAAAACGAGAGUGAAGAGUCUCCUCCAGCUGAGGAAGAGGAGGAGGGAGGGGAGCAGAGGGACGAAGAGGAGGAGUCAGAGACGCAGAAGAUUGAGGGAGGAGAAGAAGGACCGAUGGAUACUGACGACUGUGACGUUUGUCCAGAAACUCAACUGAGUCACAACGAAGACGAGGAAACUCAAGAUCUGACGACUGAGGCUGGAGCGGAGCUCCGACCUGGAAGUCCUGAUCUCCCUGAGGUCCAGAUGAUUCCUCCAGAAGAUCCUCCAGCUGCGGUCGAGCCGCCGCCACCGGAGGACAAGGAGGAGAUGGAGGUGGACAUCUGUGGAACAAAGGAGGGAAUCAACCCUGGGGCUGAUGCUGGACGUCCACCUCAGAACGGGGAGGAGGACAAGGAGGACGGUGCUGAUCCAGAUGUGGAGGAGAUGGAGGUCCGAGGGCUGCAGAGGCCGACGUCUCCAGAGGUGGAGCCCGGCGCCGCCCCUCCGGGUCCCGAGGCCAGCGUGGACUGUCCCCUCUGCCAGGGAUCCUUCCCCGUGACGAGGAUCGAGCGGCACGCGGCGUACUGCGACGGAGAGGUGGUGCUGGAGGAGAGGGAGGAGCCCGGAGUGUCAUCGAAGCCUCGAAGGAAGCGCCGGAGAGCAGAGGUCCCUGAAGCCGAGGAGACGAGCCACUCGGCCAGCAGCAGCAGGAACCAAGAGAAAUGCUUCCUCUGUCAGAAGAAGUUUCCUCUGAGGGAAUACACCCGACACACCGAGCUGUGCCUCCAGCGCCGAACCCAGAAGUCUGACACCAGAGGAAAUCUGCUCUCAGCUCUGGAACAGACAGAAACCCGAGGAUCAGAAGCCGGGCCGUCAGGAACCAGAGUCCAGCCGGCUGAGGUCAUCGACCUGCGGGAUGAUGAUGAUGAUGAUGAUGAAGAGGAGGACAGGGUGAGAGCGGUGAGCAUCAGCAGCUCUCCCAUCAGAUCCUUCACUCCCAUCUCAGAGGCCACCGGCUGCCUCAUCGACUUCAGGAGGCAGCAGCGAGCCAAGAAGCCGAGCCACCGACGGAGAUGAGGACGACCUCCAGAGGACGGACGUCUCUGAACUCAUCAGGAACCAGAGCCUUAAGUGAAACCUGCAGGUCAUCGGGUCAGACGUGAAGUCAGAACCAAGACGAGAGACUUCUCCUCCUGAUGGAUUCUCAAGCAGCUGAACGUCGCAACGAGCAAAAUCUCAUUUCUGUGCCACUCUGUGUUUUUUGUGUUUCUGUUUUGCGUUGAAGAUGUUUGUGUCAACCUGUGUGCGUCCAACAGAAGCAUCCACACACCACUCUGAUCUCACAGGUCUCCACCACGUCUGAGCAGAGCUGCAUUCAGUUCAUUCACAGAUUUUCAUCUCAUCAAACAGCCUGGACCAGUUUCUAAAAUCAUCCUCAGAAACUUUUUACUGUACUUUGUUGUUUUCCUUUUGUCCUUUUCUGUCUUUGACCUUGAAACCUGUAUCUGCACUUUAGACUGGAUUUGCCAGUUUGUGACUCAGCAGCAGUGAAGUCACCGCGAUGCACUGAAACACACCGGUUGGCUCAUUGAUGGACGAGGACACCGACCCGCUCGUCUCUCCGGUGUCCUCACAUCUCGGCCUCAAACCGCCGGCCUGAGGUUUCCUGUGAGACUCUGUCACAACGCUCGGUUUCACCAACCGCCUCAAACACAAAGAAACGAGGAACAGUCAAGAGUGAACCUUCAUUUACCUCAGGGCUCCAAGGGGGACAGACUCGGUCCAGGACAAGUGUCUCAGCUACAAGUCCAACUCACUCAGUCCCAGCGAGGACACACAGGAAAUAACACUUUCUAAUAAUUCAGAUACAGAUUAAUGGAUAUUGUCCUGUAACCUGUCGUCAGCUGCUCAGAAGUUCAAGAGAAUCCAUCAAGUGAUCAAAAGUCAGAAUCAAAUAAAUCCACUCGUCUGAAGAUUCUUUGUAGAUUUUAAGUUUGUCUUUUUAAUAAUUGUUUCUAAAAUGUAUUUUUUAUUUAAUAGAUAAAAAUGUUAUCAAUAAAAAAUAUGA